ACGGUGGACAGCCUGGCUGCUGCGUCAAGGGAGUUUGGGAACGCCAACUCCAGACUGCGUGUGGAUUUCUGAACACUCCCGGUUUCCAGUUUAGAGCAAACACUAGAGGAAAAACUCCUGAGAAUGAACGGGCAGCCCUCACCUGUCUUCGAGGAGAAGAAACCUUCGCUCCCCGUGGCUGGGAGCUCCAUCUCGGCCACCAAGGAUUCCCCGACCCUGCCCGAGUCCUCAUCCACAGACAUGGGCUUCUACAGCGGCCAGAGCGCGCUCCACGGUUCGCAGGAUUUCUACCAGGCACAGCAGCCGUACUCAGCUCAGCACAUGAACCCGUACGCAUACCACCACUAUAACCUGAACGGGAUGGGUCCCGGCGGCGCGUACCCAGUGGGCAAAGCAGAAUACCCGUACCCUCAUGCAACGUACAGAGAGCACGGUGCCUUCAGCAGGGAGGUGCAGGCAGCGAUGCAGGACACUGUGAAAGAAGAACCAGACAUGGAGGUCCGGAUGGUCAACGGGAAGCCCAAGAAGGUGCGCAAGCCCCGGACCAUCUACUCCAGCUACCAGCUGGCAGUCCUGCAGAGGAGAUUCCAGUCGGCCCAGUACCUGGCCCUGCCGGAGCGGGCUGAGCUGGCUGCACAGCUGGGCCUCACACAGACACAGGUCAAAAUUUGGUUCCAGAACCGUCGCUCCAAGUUUAAGAAGCUCUACAAGAACGGAGAGUUUCCACUCGGGGAAAUUCCUCUUGAACACAGUCCGGACGCUAGCGACUCCAUGGCCUGUAACUCCCCUCCAUCACCAGCUGUGUGGGAAAACAGCAACAACAGCAACAACACCAGCAACAACACCAGCAACAACACCACCAGCAGCAGCAACACAAACAGCAGCGGCAGCAUCAAGAAUAAUGCAAUGCUGGAUCCCACCAGCAGGGGGCAGGGCUCAUAUCAGCCUCCAGUUGAUUCCUCGCCCACCUACAUGGGGGAGUACACACACCAGAACUGGUACCACCAGCAGGGUGCACAUUUAGGUCUACCAGCGGGGGGCCCGACGCACCAUACGCCAUCGACAGCACCGUCAGCUGCACAGAGCAUGGGAGCCGUUUACUGAAACAUGUUCUGCUGACCAGUUUGACAGCGGGGUUUUUUUUUUUUUGGAUGAUUGAAGUGCUGUUGUGACCAAGAAACACCUGACAGUGGUCAUCAGACACGUGUCAUGACUGUAAAACCUGACACAUGUUGUAAAACAGGCUUUUCUGCUGUAGAAGUGGACUGAAAAAAAGUGCUGGUCUCAGUCACCCUGUUGUCCUCAUCUCCGAACUUUAGAAACUCAUAACAUCGAGGUUGUAACAGAGCUUAGGGUGCUGGGGCUGAUACUGACAUUUGUAUUUGAAGUCACUGAUAAUAUUUUGUAUAUUUAAUAUUUUAAAUAUGACCAAAUCUUCCUUCUGAAAAAGGCCUUUGACACAGCAUUUUCACAGUAAAACUGAAUACUACUGAAAUUCUAAAGACACCAUCACAGGAAACUGUAAGAUACAUCGGGCUUUAAAUUUAGAAAACGGGACCAUUUGAUGUGGCUAGUUAAAGGUGGACAAGAGUGAAAGGCUGAUAACCUUUUAAAAUAAAAAAUCGAUAUCAGCCCAACUGGAGACUCAAAUGAACCAUGAGAGGGUUUUUUCUUGACACAAUUUGAAUUAAGUCAGUUUCCACUAGGAUGAACAUCAUGGACUGAAGAACACAACCAAACAAUGUUUAUGUCCAUAUAUUUUUUGUGUGAAAGUUUUGUUUUGUUUUUUUUUUGUCGACAACACAUGGCUGUGACAGGCAAAAGUAAAACUGUGUGUGAAAGUGAAGAGCUCCAACCUGUGAGCUCAGUGUUGAGGCGAGGCUGGGAUUAAAAACAACAAUGGGCACGAACGUCACAUAGAACCAAGUUAAACCCUGGGUUUACAGUUGAACUUUUAAUUUCAUGUCAUCUAGAUUAGGGUUGAAUAGAGCAAACAUGGCUGCCAUAUUUUUCCUGCUUGUGUGUUUUUGUGUCCUGAGUCUGCAGCUUAGUUCUUGGUACACAUACUAAUCCAGGAUACUGUAAUUAUUAUGACUUCGUAAGGGGGGAACUCCACUGGUUUCACACAUCAGUCUGUUUGCAUGUGUUGGGGAGUUCUACUGCACUGUUUUUUUAUUUUUUAACUGUCCACUGUUACAGGAGUGCGAGGGGCCUUUAAAAGCAGAUUCCACAAGCACAAAGGUGUUCACACUCAGUUCUUCUCUCCCACCUGAGCCUGAGCUGAUGUUUUAUAGUCAGUGUGAAAGUCAGACCACAUGGACCCCAAUUGGAUCCAAGGGCAAGUGAUGUGAAUUUGAUGACUUGUGUAUAAUUAGUCAGUGUCGCUUCGAGAGUUUCUCCAAGUAUCAUCAGGCAGCAGUUUGGCUCAACCAGUUUUGGGAUGAAGCACAAUGACGCAGAACCAACUCGUCUGAUUUAUAAAGAUAAUCUUGGUAAAAACUUAUAGGUGUGUGUCAAACCAGGCAUGCGUUCAAAAUGUGAUGUAACUGUUAUUAUGUUAUGCAGCAUUGUUAGGCCCCUUUUGUUUGAGAUGACAUCCUCAAAUAUCUCAUCAAAGAGUAAAAGAUAUAUCUGUGAUCAAUGUGAUCACCGUAAACUACUUGGCCUGUGCCACUCCUUCUCCUCAGUGAUUAUAGAAACCUAUCAGCC